AUGGCCGGAGCUUGCUGCAAGUGUCCGGUCUCGCUGUCCGUCUUCAAACGCUCCCUCUCGGUGGCUCCGCGGGGCUGCGGGGCCGCCCCGCGGUCCCUCCGGCAGCAGGGCUGGAGGCUCGGGGACCGCGGCCUGGUGGAGGCCGCCCGGCCCUGCAGCGCUCUCCGGACCGCGGGCUCCUACCGACCCGCGGCCUUCCUCUGUGUGUCCUGCCAGGAGUCCAUGCGCGAGAGUCUGCGGACCUGUUACGUGUAUCUGAACCAGACGAGCCGGAGCUUCGCGGCCGUGAUUCAGGCGCUGGACGGGGAGUUGAGACAUGCAGUCUGCAUCUUUUACCUGGUGCUGCGUGCGUUGGACACGGUGGAAGAUGACAUGACUAUCCCCCUGGAUAAGAAGGUGCCCAUGCUGAAUGAUUUCCACACAUACCUGUAUAAGGAGGAGUGGUGCUUCACAGAGAGCCAGGAGAAGGAUCGCCAGGUUCUGGAGGAUUUUCCGACGAUAUCACUUGAAUUCAGAAACCUUGCUCAGGAAUACAGAGACGUCAUCUCUGAUAUCUGCCACCAUAUGGGAGUCGGGAUGGCUGAAUUCCUGGAGAAGAAAGUGGGAUCUAUGGCGGAGUGGGACCAGUACUGCCACUACGUUGCCGGUCUGGUUGGCAUCGGACUGUCUCGGCUCUUCUCUGCGUCCCAGCUGGAAGACCCUGAAGUGGGGCUGGACACGGAACUGGCCAACUCCAUGGGCCUGUUCCUCCAGAAGACCAACAUCAUCCGAGACUAUCUAGAAGACACGACCGAGGGACGUGCCUUCUGGCCACAAGAGGCCUGGAGUCAGUUUGCUGGCCGUCUGGAGGAUUUGGCCCAGCCCGAGAAGCUGGAGUCGGCCCUGUCCUGUCUCAACCUGCUGGUCACUGAUGCACUGCGACACGUCCCCGACGUCAUCGAGUACCUGUCUCGCCUGCACAACCAGAGCGUCUUCAAUUUCUGUGCCAUUCCACAGGUGAUGGCGAUAGCUACACUGUCGACGUGCUACAACAACCCAAUGGUGUUUCAGGGGGUGGUGAAGAUCAGAAAAGGGCAAGCUGUCACCCUCAUGAUGGAAGCCACCAACAUGAGAGCCGUGCAGAGCAUCAUCAGCCAGUACAGUCAGGAGAUCUUACACAAGGUGUCCCUCAACGACCCAUCACGGGAGAAGACCCUCCACAUCCUGGCGCUAAUCCAGGAGAAGUCGGCCCUGUCGCAGUCCAGCCUCCCGUCCAGGACCCACCACCUGUCUCCCAUGUACCUGUCGGCUGCCAUGCUGCUGGCCGCCCUCAGCUGGCAGUACCUCAGCACCACCGCGGCACAGGCCCAAGGAACUGGGGACGUGCAGGGACAGAUGCAUUCUUUGUUCCUUUGUGUCAUGGUGACACUCACCUGCGCCUGGGCGCACCCUCACACCUCAGGUCCCUCCUCAGAGAUGAUUAACUUUAUCAACAAAGCCAACACCACCUGGACGGCCGGCCAGAACUUCCACAACGUUGAUACCAGCUAUGUGAAAAGACUGUGUGGGACCAUACUCAAUGGCCCCAAGCUCCCACAGGCUUUUGGGGCAGUUGAAGCGAUAUCUGACAGAUUAUGUAUCCAAACUGGUGGCCAGAUCUCUUUGGAGAUCUCUGCUGAGGACCUGCUCUCAUGCUGUGAUGAGUGUGGCAUGGGACCAUACUCCAUCGCCCCCUGUGAACAUCACGUGAACGGAACUCGGCCUCCAUGUCAGGGUGAACAGGACACUCCAAAGUGUGCGGAGCAAUGCAUCGAUGGAUACUCGCUGUCAUAUCCAAAGGACAAACACUUCGGUAGGGACACCCAGGGCAGCACACACGUCACGCCUCAGCUUGUUUUCGUCCCUGACGUCUCCCGUGUCCCUCCCCCAGGGCGACGCUCGUACAGCAUCCCGCCCCAGCAGGAGCAGAUCAUGACUGAGCUGUAUAAGAACGGGCCUGUUGAGGCAGCUUUCUCUGUUUAUGAGGAUUUUCUGCUGUACAAGACCGGUGUCUAUCAGCAUGUGACGGGGGAGAUGCUAGGAGGUCACGCCAUUAAGAUUCUGGGCUGGGGAGAGGAGAAUGGGACCCCCUACUGGCUGGCUGCAAACUCUUGGAACAGUGACUGGGGAGACAAAGGUUUCUUCAAGAUCAAGCGUGGAAAUGACGAAUGUGGAAUUGAGUCGGAGAUGGUUGCAGGAAUCCCACUCAACUAAAAAAGGGAUGACUCCUGUGUGCAGACCCAAAUUAAUCAAAUAACACAACCGAGCCAGUGCAAAUAAUGAGAGGUUUCAUUUAAUGAACAGGGAUAAUUGUACAUCAGUUGUCUUACAUUUAAUGAAGUAAUUAGAGUUGAAGAAUUUCUGUAUAAUUUUUUUGGUGAAAUUCCACACCAUGAUAAUGCUUGUUUUCUUUGAAAAAUAACAUAUAUGAAGGACAUAAUUAUAAACAGGAAAUGCUUGGAGUACCUAUCAUCACACCUAUACAAACUUCCAACUGUGGCAAUCGGUGAUAAACACAUCUACUGAUAGGUGCAAUGAAUUUAAAUCAAUCGGCAGUUUGAGAUUAGUGAGGAAAAUAUUUACUCUUUGAACAGAAAUUUCAAUAAAAAAUUCUAAAAUUCCAGUACAAGAUAACUUUUUUUCUGUUAAUGUUGGACCAAAUGUUGUUUAAUUAUU